AUGAUAUUCAACGUCAUCCUUAUUUGUUUUUUUCUUCGUUUUGACGCUCGUGCCGAGGUUCGAUCUCAAAGGGUUCCACAGGAAAUCGAUGAUGCUCGUUAUUGCGACUUCGACGGUUCACGAAAGAACUACAACGCGUCGGAUUUGUUGCAGUGUAUCGAUCGGUUGGCUGGCGAUCACCUUGAUCGUGAAAGCGGCGGGCCGACUGGUGGGAAGAGUCAGUGGAACGGGUCGACCGGCAGACAGAUCUCCUUCACCGACAUUUUUGCGAAUCUGUUCGACCAGAACCAAUCUCCGCUCCAUCAGACCACCUCCUAUCCGGCGGAUACGGCGUCUAGCUACUACCAAUCGAAUUACCCGACGACAUCAGGUGGAACGUUCGAUCUUCCGGGUGGAUUUCGGCUGAAUCUCCUCGAUGCCCUCUCCUCCAUAUCCCGUCACGAUGACUAUAAGUGCGUGCCACGGAUACUCUGCGAGAUGGCCAGCGGAAAGCUUCCUGGGAGAUCGUUAGGCAAACAAACCUCGAAUCUCUUCGACUACUUCGGACAAAACACUCUCAUGGAAUGGCUGACCAAAGUCGACGUCGCCGGUGAUUCCCCUCUGCUGAACUUCGGACGAGCGAUGAUCCUCGGUUACAGCAACAGAGGGAACUCCCCGGCGUGUUACAGAGCAUUCCCGAGGUGCCCGAGGGACUCCAGCGAGCUGGUUUAUUAUCUGAAUAACUACAACGGAGGGUUCUUUCGACUCUUUAAUAGAAUUCGGUUCGGCCAGCAUAGACAGGCGAAUCGUUUCCGUGAUCAGCGACGUAAAUAUUCAGGGCCUAGAACCGAGGGCAGAAUAAUUACUGGUUCAGCAAUAAUAGCCGAACCGCCUCGAGUAUUUGUAAAUAAAGUCCAUUUUCCAAAUUACGAAUACUAUAGAGGCAGCAAUGAGAUCACUUUCCCAAACGAGAAUCUUCUGAGCACUGAAUCUGUGGCAAAUGAUAUCCCGAAUUAUAUACCAGAAUCGGAGGAGACCGUUUUCCAGGAAGACCGUAUUCCAUUCUUCCCUCAGGUGGCAAACAGAAGUCCCGAGACGCCGUCGUUGAGCGCGAUGUUACUGGCGCAAACGCCAUUUGUGGAAACAGCAUGGGGCGCCGUUCGAGCACCGACAAGUUGUCCAAUGAAUCUGCUCACGGGGCAUGAGCCACCGCUUUAUGUCUCAGUUACCCGGGACGGUAAAUUGUAUCUUAUCACCGUUCGAUUUCCUGCUUAG